CCAGUCGGUAUAUGAAAGAAAGUCUAGCUGUACAGUUGAUACAGUUCUGGUGCUUCAACUGAUUCCCGUUCGUAGCCACACAAAACAGCAGUAAUAGCUUCACAUCAACCACAAGGCCUUGUCUCUGAUUAGAUGGUCAAGAUGCCUUGAUAGACGGAAUCCUGCGUAAGAUGAAGACUUUCAUGAGAAGAUUGUGCAGAAAGCACCUGUUACGUGUCGCUGCUGCGGUACGGAAUGUCCUAGAUAACAAGCGUCCAUCGCAAGAGCCUACUAUAUUAUGCUGAUUUCUUCAGACCGGAAAAAAUUGCUUCCGUCUCGAAACAUUUGAUAAGCUAUUUGAUUUUUUUUGUAAAAGUGACCAUUCGUCUCAACCAUGUGGAAAUUAUCCAUCCUCGAUCUCUGAAAUUUGCAUGCAAAAAGGGGAGAAGAGGCAGCAAGAACCCGAGCGAACAAAUUUUGUGAAAAACAUAGUUUUCCGGCCUGAACGUCUACAUACGAGCGAUGGUCAUCCAAUGGGUCAGCGAAGCAGCUACUAGAGCUCAUCUAGGGGUACCAGCAAGCGAUGCGCAAAUGUUAGAUGGUGCACUCGAACCACUUUGGUGCGAAGCUCCGGCUCCGGUUCGCAUUGGUACUCCGUUAGUUGCGUCGCGUUUGGUCCGGCCAAGGCUAACAUGGUUUUUCAAAUAUUCUAAUCGAACACACGAAGGAAAAAAUGAACAAAACCAGUUGGAAGAACUACGCAAAGAGCGGCGGACUGGCUUUGUGCGACACCUUCAAGGCGAACUCUUUGGAUAGCUUGGCAAACUCGUCGCAUCACUCGGAAAGUGUGAGUGAGGAGAGUCAGGACUCUGACUCGGGAGUGGACGGGAAAGUCAGUAACACGUUCCAAGUGAAAUGUGAGGUUUACGCGCAGGAUGCCUGUGGUAGUACUAGGUCGUGGACGAAAUCCGAAUCGAGCAACUCAGAAACAUCAUACGAAUACGUAGCUUCUGAGUUUCUGGGCAGUGAGAGCCGCUAUGAGAGCAAACCGUGCACCAGUCCCGAUAAGCGAAGCGAGCAAAAUGUUCGCAUGGAAACCAUCCCCGAAGAAUACGAGCCCAAAGUGUCUGUCAAAGAGAUCCUGGCUCGGUUCGAGAAUUUGAGGGACGCGAAGCAGCAGCUGGGCGAGGCGAAGAAGGACCGGAACAACAACGGAUUGGUGGCGGAGAACAGGAACUUGAAAAAAGCGAAGAAUGCCGACGUGGUGAUUGUGAAGGAGCACAAGAAAAGCGCCUCCAAAGAGGGCAAACCGCUGAAGGAGAAGAAGCAGGAGGCCAAAGUUUAUGCCUCCAGUACCAGCGUUUUGGAUCUAGUCAGCCAGGUUUCAGAGCAAUGUGAAACAGUCGAAAAGGACAGUGAUAAGAUAGGGUGUUUCGGCAUUGGCUCCUCCUCCAGUUCGACUAGUGCUUCGAGUAGCUGCAGUGCGUCUUCCGGCGGCCAGUUUUCUGGCGAUUCCGGCACCGGAUCCGCCGAAAAAGAGGUAAAUUUCACAAAAAUCUAAAAUCAACUGAUGCCA